UCCAUCCCAUUCAAUCAAUCUUCACUAAACCCUAACUCGUCUCUUCUCCUCUCCUCUCUCGCUCGGUCGCUUAUCGCGUGUUCUUCUGCAAAAUCAAAGAUGGCUCGGAUCGCUCUGAUCUCUGUCAUAUUCUCUGUCGUCGUCGCUGCUGCUUUCGCCCAAGCUCCUGGCCCCGCUCCCAUUGCCUCGCCGCCGAAACUAGCUCCAUCUCCGCCCACAAAAGCCCCGUCUCCUUCCCCAAUUCUUCCUCCCUCUCAAUCUCCAGCUCCAUCCACCAAAUCACCGGUUGCCGCCCCCGUUCCUGCUCCUCCGACACCUUCUCCAACGAUCACUCCCACUUCCUCUGCUGUUCCCCCUGCUACCUCUGAUUCUCCGCUCGCAUCUCCUCCCGGAGCUUCUGAUAACAACGCUGCAUCCGGAUUCUCCUCCUUCGGCUGGAUCUCCGCCGCGGCGAUCGCCGUCGCAUACGCGAUCUAGAUAUUGGGGCUUUUAUCGGAUGAAGGUUAUCUGUUUUCCCGUUCUUGUAUGGAUCUGUGAUUUGAUCUGAUUUUUUUAUUUUUUAUUUUACUAGCUCCUUUUUUUUGGGUUUAUUUCCGUGUAAUUUUGUAAUCAGUACUCUGUAGGCAUGUGAGAUUUCAGUGAGUGUGGUGGUGGGUUUGCUCUGUAUCUAUUUAUUCUAGUGAUUCUUUCAUAUAUUUUUGUUUCACUU